CAGUCCGGCACUCAGUAGUUCUUCAGAUCAUGUCUGGUGGCUCCGCGGAUUAUAACAGAGAACAUGGCAACCCAGAGGGAAUGGACCCCGAUGGUGUCAUCGAGAGCAACUGGAAUGAGAUUGUUGAUAACUUUGAUGAUAUGAACUUAAAGGAGUCUCUUCUUCGGGGCAUCUAUGCUUAUGGUUUUGAGAAGCCAUCAGCUAUUCAGCAGAGAGCUAUUAUUCCAUGUAUUAAAGGGUAUGAUGUGAUUGCUCAAGCUCAGUCAGGUACUGGCAAGACAGCCACAUUUGCUAUUUCCAUCCCGCAACAGUUGGAGAUUGAGUUCAAAGAGACCCAAGCACUAGUGUUGGCCCCCACCAGAGAACUGGCUCAACAGAUCCAAAAGGUAAUUCUGGCACUUGGAAAUUAUAUGGGAGCAACUUGUCAUGCCUGCAUUGGUGGAACAAACGUUCGAAAUGAAAUGCAAAAACUGCAGGCUGAAGCACCACAUACUGUUGUUGGAACACCAGGGAGAGUGUUUGAUAUGUUAAACAGAAGAUACUCUCCAAAAUGGAUCAAAAUGUUCGUUUUGGAUGAAGCAGAUGAAAUGCUGAGCCAAGGGUUUAAGGAUCAAAUCUAUGCGAUUUUCCAAAAAUUAAAUACUAGUAUUCAGGCGGUGUUGCUUUCUGCCACAAUGCCAACAGAUGUGUUGGAAGUGACCAAAAAAUUCAUGAGAGAUCCAAUUCAAAUUUUGGUGAAAAGGGAAGAAUUGACCCUUGAAGGAAUCAAACAGUUUUAUAUUAAUGUUGAAAGAGAGGAAUGGAAGUUGGAUACACUUUGUGACUUGUACGGGACACUGACAAUCACAUAGGCUGUUAUUUUUCUCAAUACAAGGUGCAAGGUGGACUGGCUCACAGAGAAAAUGCAUGCCAGGGACUUCACGGUUUCUGCCCUGCAUGGUGACAUGGACCAGAAAGAAAGAGAUGUUAUCAUGAGGGAAUUUCGAUCAGGGUCAAGCCGUGUUCUGAUCACUACUGACUUGUUGGCUCGUGGAAUUGAUGUGCAACAACUGUCACUGGUUAUAAACUAUGAUCUACCUACCAAUCGUGAAAACUAUAUUCAUAGAAUUGGCAGAGGGGGUCGAUUUGGGAGGAAAGGUGUGGCUAUAAACUUUGUUACUGAAGAAGACAAGAGGAUUCUUCCUGACAUUGAGGCUUUCUACAAUACUACAGUGGAGGAAAUGCCAGUGAAUGUGGCCGACCUUAUUUAAUUCCUGGGAUGAGACAGUUCUGAAUGCAGUGCUCGCUGUUGCUGAAGAGGCGAUCACAACGUGCAUUGUGCUU